AUGCCGGGACCCCACCCCCGUGUCCCGGACAGGAUGCUGCCCGCUCAGGAGGUGGCACAGCUGUACCAGACGGCCUUCGUGAGGAGCGCCAGGGCGGUGGGCGCCCUCUGGGCCGUCUGCUCCCUCUGCUUCGCCGUGCUGGAGGUGGUGGUGCUGACCGAGCCGGCCUGGGUGGGGGCGGGUCCUGGGGGGGUGGGGGAGGAGGGGGUCCCGGGCCUGCCCGCCGGCGCCUUUGGCCUCUUCCAGGCCUGCGUGGAGACGGGCGGCCCGCCCGAGUGCCGGGGCUCGGUGUCCGGCCUGUGGCCGCUGCCCGCCUUCACGACGGCCGCCGUCUUCGUGGGGGGAGCACUGGGGCUGGUCCUGGCCAGCGUCCUCAGCCUCGGCCUGUACCGGCUCUGCAGCCCCGCCACCCUCUACAAGGUCUGCGGCUGGCUGCAGCUCUCUGCCGCCAGCUGCCAGGCCCUGGGCUGCCUGACCUUCGCGGACGGCUGGGAGACGGAGGAGGUGAGGCGCCUGUGCGGGCCGGGGGCCGCCCGGUACUCGCUGGGUCGCUGCUCGCUGCGCUGGGCCUUCUCGCUGGCGCUGAUCGGCAUCCUGGACGCCCUGGUCCUCUCCGUGCUGGCCUUCGUCCUCGCCAGCAGACAGGACACCCUGCUGCCCCAGGACUUUCGGCCAGCGGCGAAAGGUCACUGCCCCCCAAUACAGACCUGCGACCUGGAGCUGCUGAACACAAAGGCCACCCCCCACCGUCCCGUCGGCGGCGGUCGACCCCCACCCCCCGCUGCAUGCGUCCGUGGGGACGCCCCCGUGACCCCCAACCCUCCCGGACCUCAGGAUGUGGGCUGCCUCACUCACCUCACGCCUCCACUGGCAGGGAGCCCAGAGAGGGUGGGGGAGGGAGGUCCACCAGCCAUCCCCUGCCCUGGCAGUGUCCGGUUACGGGACAGACCGGAUCUGAGAGGGGAGCAGCCGCCUGCCCCCAAGAGCCCGGAAGAUGGCACCACUGACCCCGCCACUGAAUGGGACACCCCCCUCGCCGCACAGGAAGAGUUCACAGGUGCCCUCUGA